AUGAAAUUUUGUUGGAUAAGGCAGUAUCAUUCUAGAUGUAAUUUUUAGUCCAAUAAUCCGGAAAAAUGUUUUCAAUCAGAACAAUAAUUUCAAACUCUUUAAAAAAAUGCUAUUCGACCACAAAAGGCGGCGAAAUUACGUCCUUGUACGAUUUCCACGUGGAAAAUGGAGGAAAAAUGGUAAACUUUGGAGGAUUUCUUUUACCGGUUCAGUAUAGUGAUCAGUCUAUAGUGAAUUCUCAUCUGUGUACUAGGAAAAAUGCUAGUGUUUUUGAUGUGUCGCAUAUGUUGCAGACUGAAAUAACAGGUAAAAACUGUGUAAAUUUUAUGGAAUCACUAUGUACGGCUGAUAUACAGGGUCUAGCAGAGAACAGUGCCAGUUUAACCGUGUUCACUAACGAAAAUGGAGGCAUUUUAGACGAUUUAAUUGUCACAAAAGUGAACGAAGAGUUUUUGUAUGUUGUUUCUAAUGCUGCUAUGAAGAAGCAAGAUCAGCAAAUUAUGUUAAAUGGAUUGCAAAAUUAUAAAAAGCUACAUAAUCGCGACUCCGAUAUUAAAAUUGAAUUUUUCGAGCCUCUGCAAAGAGGAUUGGUUGCACUGCAAGGGCCAAAAGCGGCAGAAGCUCUCCAAAAACUGACUGACGUGGAUUUGAAAACACUGUAUUUUAUGAAUACUAGGAUCGGUGAUAUUGCCAACAUUCAGGGAUGUCGAAUUACCAGGUGCGGUUACACCGGUGAAGAUGGCUUCGAAUUAUCGAUUCCUGCAGAUAAAGCUGUCAGUAUAGUCAAGGCCCUUUUGGAAAAUUCCGACAUCAAACUUGCAGGUUUAGGAGCCAGAGAUUCUUUAAGGCUUGAAGCUGGUCUUUGUUUAUAUGGAAGUGACAUUAACUCUGAAAUGACGCCUAUUGAUGGAGCUUUAACAUGGUUGGUUGCCAAACGUCGGAGAGAAACACAGGAUUUUCCGGGAGCUUCGAAAAUAUUACGACAAAUUAAAGAAGGAUCCAAAAUCAAAAGGAUUGGUUUAACUUCUACUUCCGGUCCGCCGCCCCGUCACGGAUCUCAAAUCCUGUCCGAAAACAAUGAACUUCUUGGAGAAGUAACUUCGGGCUGUCCUUCUCCGAGUCUAGGACUGAAUGUUGCCAUGGGCUACGUUCCCAUUGACUACAGUAAAGUUGGAACCAAAGUUGGGCUUAAAAUUAGGGAUAAAGUUUAUGGGGGCGUUGUUGAGAAAAUGCCGUUUGUUAAAGCCAAUUAUUUCAAUAAACCUAAAGUAAAUAAGUAAUGCGAAUUGUUAUUGUUUAAAUAUGUAUAAAUAAUUAUAUUUACUUUCAUGCAACUUCUGUUUUUAAAAAGUUUUAUUCUAAGUGAACAUAACAUGGAAUUACAUAGAUGUUU